AUGCUAAAGAUUGGACAUGAAUCUCAUCAAGGGCUGGAAAGAUGCAAAGAGCGAGCAAGAGCAGUCAUGUAUUGGCCAGGAAUGACAAAAGACAUCGACCGAGUGGUUAGUCAGUGCAGGACUUGUCUGCGUUUCCGGAGGAGCAAUACUAAGGAGCCUCUUCUGCCGCAUGCACUACCAACAAGACCAUGGAAAAAGCUAGGAGUGGAUAUCAUGAAUUUGAAAGCAAAAGAUUAUCUGACAGUAGGGGACUAUUAUUCCAUAGACGUUCAGCAACUGAGAGACAAGACCUCAUCGUCGGUCAUUAACGCCAUGAAGUACAUGUUCGCUACUCACGGUAUUCCAGAAGAAAUAAUAUCUGAUAACAUGCCGUUUGCAAGCAGAGAAAUGCAAGCAUUUGCCAAUGAAUGGGGAUUCGCCAUUACAACCACAAGCCCGGGGUACCCAAAAUCUAAUGGCUUUGCAGAGAGGAACGUACAAACCAUUAAGAACCUGCUCAGAAAGACACUUCAUGAUGGAGGAGACCCGUACCUGGCGCUCCUCAACCAAAGAAGCACCCCUAUACCGCAGCUGCAAGCGUCCCCAGCUGAGCUCCUCAUGGGCCGCACCUUGAAGACGAAGUUGCCGGCAGGCCCAGGAGUGCUUCAGCCACAAAUGCCUCGUGACGUAUCGGAAGAGCUGAAACAACGACAACGGCAACAGAAGUACUAUCAUGACCAAGGAGCUCGACCAAGUAGAGAACUAUGCCCAGGCGAAGUUGUUCGAGUGCAAAAGGAAAAAGAAUGGGAAUCCGCAGAAGUGAUAAAGCAACACGAGACUCCGCGGUCGUACGUGAUAAAACACCAAGGCAAAGUUCUGCGCAGAAAUAGACGAUAUCUAAACCCCCCACCGCAACCGCUCUCGGAACUUAGCGAGGGAUUGGACUAUGACUCAGACAACGUUGACAAAGACGAUACCAGCCUAGGAGAUCCAUCAGACAGCACAGAACAGGGACAGCAACUCCCAAGCUCGCCAAAGAAGGUGACCAGAUCAGGACGAGAGAUCAAAAAACCGGCACGACUGAAGGACUUUGUUAUUUACUAA